AAAACCGCGAGAAUGAAAACAUAACCUACUACUAUUUGGGAGGUCACAAAAUUCUAUUUAUAAAAAUUGAACUAUUUUUGAUAUGUAUUUAGUAAUAUUACAAUAUUGACCAAAUAUUAUGGCCUAAUAACCGAAGUUUAAUUCAUAGUUUGUGAAAAAGUGACUCUUUUAAUUGAUAAAAUGAAAAACUUUGACGUCCUUUUGAUAUUCCUUUCAGUACGAAUUAUAGGAGCAUUUUUCGUACAAACGUAUUUUGUACCUGAUGAAUACUGGCAAUCGGUCGAAGUCGCUCAUAAGAUUGUCUUUGAUUAUGGAUUUUUAACAUGGGAAUGGGCCCUUGGUAUUCGAAGUUAUAUUUACCCACUGAUAAUAGCUGGAUUCUACAAACUUUUGGAAAUCGUAGGCCUUGAUAACCCAUUAGCACUGAUUUAUGGUCCCAAAGUACUACAAGCUUUACUAAGCGCUUACUCAGAUCUAUGUUUUUACAAAUGGUCUGGCACCAAGAAAUGGGCUGUUUUUACAAUAGCCAGUUCAUGGUUUUGGUUUUAUGCUGGAUCUCGUACAUUAAUAAAUAGUUUUGAAUGUGCCCUAUCCACAAUAGCUCUCUAUCACUUUCCUUGGCCAGGAAAAGGCAAAGAGGAUAAUAACAUAUUUAUUUGGAUAAUUGCUAUUCUAUUUGUUGUGAGACCCACAUCUGUGAUUUUAUGGGUUCCUAUUUGCUUGUACCAUUUGACAGUUGUCAAGGGCAGUGUGCUCAAGACAAUAUUUCUUAGAUACAUACCUAUUGGGGUUACUAUAUUAGUGACAUCGGUGUUGCUAGACAGUUGGAUGCAUGGCAAUUUGCUAGUGUCUAGUUUUGAAUUCCUAAAAUAUAAUCUAUACCACAAUAUAGGAGUAUUUUAUGGUUCACAUCCAUGGCACUGGUAUUUAUCGACUGGCUUGCCUACAAUCUUGGGAAUUCAGUUGAUCCCUUUCUUAAUAGCCACAUUAGUUGUAUUGAAGAACCGCAGAGUCCAUCCUAACGAACUCAUAUUACUCGGCAGCGUCGUAUUUACAACCGCAGUUUACAGUUUCCUGCCACAUAAAGAAUUCAGAUUUCUGCUACCGUUAUUGCCUAUCGCGUUCUAUAUCUCCUCCAGAUAUCUCAGUGCUUGGAGUAGAAAAGCGAAUAUAUUUGCAAUAUGGUUGGUGGCUAUAUUAAUUUUUGCUGGAAAUUUGGGACCUUCUUGGUAUUUGGGUUUUGUACAUCAAAGGGGAGUUGUAGAUGUAAUGGAACCUCUUAGAGAAAUCGCCUCUAGUGACACUUCUGAAAAGAACUUUUUAUUUUUGAUGCCUUGUCAUUCUACUCCAUAUUAUAGUUAUUUACAUGUAAAUGUAUCAAGCCGAUUUUUGACCUGCGAACCGAAUUUCAAUGCGUCAAUUACUAAUUAUUUAGAUGAGUCUGAGAUAUUCUACAAUAAUCCUAAUGUCUGGUUACGUCAAAAUUAUCCACCAAAUGGAACACUACCCUCCCAUAUUAUCAGUUUUGAUAUUUUAGCUGCAGGAAUAUCAGACAUCCUUAGCAGAUAUAAAUUAAAACAUCAAAUUUUCCAUACGAGUUUCCCAACGUCAAGAAUUGGACGAUAUGUAUUAAUACAUGAAAGAAUACCUACUUAAUUUAAUUGGAAAUCGAAUUAAAUUAAAAUCACAAAAUACCUCUUACUAAUAUUUUUCCUUAGUUACAUUUUAUUUGUAAUAUUAUUAUUGUUGUUUCAACUUUCAUUUCAAGAUAUGUUAAUUUUAAAAAUAUAUUUGUUUGAAAUUAUUAUUGAAUAAAUGUUUAAACUGCCAUGUAGAUGUUCUGUAAAAUGUUACUCUAAGUGUUUUAUAAUUCUGUAAUUUGUUUGUUAUCAAUAAGUAAUGUUUUAUAGCCUACAAGGCAUUGUUUUUGAGUUGUUUGUAUUUCAAUAAAUAUAUAAUAAGUUAA